UCGUGUAUCUCCUCCUGUAUUAAAAAUGUCGGAUGAGGAAGUAAUCCGUCGAAGAUUAUUGAUAGACGGAGAUGGUACUGGAGAUGAUCGUCGGAUAAAUAUACUUUUAAAAUCAUUUAUAAAAUGGGCAAAUAAUCCAGACGUUGAUAAUACUCUACAUGAAAGAAUGCUGUCCCAGCUAUCACAAUGCGAAUUUGCUCAGAGGAAGUCCAGACUCGUUUCCAACAUGAGCCAAGAGGAACUGAAGAGCUAUGAAAACCUAUCCAAGGAAAUUGAAAUUCAAAUAGAAGAAGCUAAGAAGGAUAUAGAGACAACAAAAGCAGAGCUGCAGGAUGCAAAGCGAGUUAGAAAAAAUAGAAUUGAAUACGAUGUCUUAGCAAAAGUCAUAAAUGAACAACCAGACAGGGUAGAAACCAAUUUGAAACUUGCUACAUUGCGGGAAGAGUUGGGCAAGCUGAAGGAGAAGUCUGAACAAUUGGAACAGAAAUUAGGAAUGAGACGUAAACAGUUUCAUGUUUUAAUAUCUUCCAUACAUUCCCUACAGGGAAUGUUGGACGAGUGUGACGAAGAAAUGAUGAAUGUGAGCUUAGAGAAUUAUGAAGAUAAAAAUUGUAUGACACUUUCGUCCGAUGUUUAGCUAAGAUUAUUUUAUAAAUGCUUAUUGUACAAUUUUAUGUACAUUAAACGAUAGAAAGUA